AUGGCUUUGGGAGUGACCGCCAUGGAAUCUUGCAGCAGCCCAACUGCGGGGGAGCACAAGUCUUCCUUUCCUCACUUUGUUGACCUCGUCAAGCUACUGGGCACCAUCAAAGGCGAUCUCGCCAACAUCACAGCCCCUCCACACUUCCUAGCGCCAUGCUCAGUAGUGGAGAACCCUCGAUGUUGGGCUCAGCACCCCAAGCUCUUCGUCGCGGCCGCUGCAGAGGAUGAGCCGCAAAGGCGAAUGCUGCAAGUGCUGAGGCUGUUCCUGGCUGCUCUCCGCAGCGACCUCUACGUCGGCGGGGGCCCGGGAGUCAGCAUCAAGAAGCCUCUCAACGCUUUCCUCGGAGAGCUGUUCCUGGCCUCGUGGGCGGACCCCGACAGCGCGGCUACCACCAAGCUUGUAGUCGAGCAGGUCAGCCACCACCCGCCGAUCACUGCCGUGCACAUCGCCGCUCCCGAGCACGGGGUCCGGGCCGAUAGCUACGCCCGUGUCGAGAUGACGUUCAAGGGCAUGGUCCAUAUCCGGAGGAUAGGCCACGCCAUGAUCCACCUCGACGAGCUCAAUGAGGACUAUCUGCUUCCGUUCCCAGACGUCCAGAUACGCGGCUUCUUGGGUGGGUGCCUGUACCCGGAGAUGGUGGGCACCUACAAGAUCAUCUCGAGCUCGGGGUACGAGUCGGAGAUCAAGUUCUCGGGGCUGGGCUUCCUCGGGGGCGGCAAGAAGAACUACUUUGAGGCGAGGGUGUACAAUGCGCGGGACCCGAAAACGAACUUGUACGAAGCUUCGGGAGUGUGGAGUGAAGGCUGGCAGGUCAAGGACGUGGGGACGGGAGAGAUCAUCGAGACGUACGAGGUGGACGCUGCUGCAAACCGGCCCGCGCCGAUGGAUAUUGCUUCCGUCGAAGAGCAAGAUCCGUGGGAGUCGCAGCGCGCUUGGAAGGACGUGGUCAGCGCUCUGAAGCACGGCGAGCUGCGACAUGCGUCUGAAGCCAAGCACAGAUUGGAGGAAGGGCAGCGGCAUAUGCGAGCCGAGGAGAGGAAGCACCACGAGACAUGGCAGCCUCUGCUGUUCCACAGCAUACCUGGGGAGGAACACGAUAUCUUUCACCGACUGACGAAGGGCACCAAGUGGACGUUGUCGGAUGCGAUGACGAAAGGGGUCUGGAAGUUCAACGGGGAGACGGAGAUGGAGAAGACGCAAAGGCCGUACAGGGGGGGAAAGACACCCUUGGGCUGA